AGUGCUCAACUCAUUGCACCAUUAACAAUGCUUUUUCCUCUCUUCUUUUCCCCCGAUCAUCAACUCCAUUUCAACUUCUUUCAACUACCACCAUGCCCCAUUCUCUGAUCUCCACUUUCCGGCCACCACUCCUCCGCCGUCACCCACCUUCCACCUCCGGUCAACCACCCACUCUCCGGCCAAAACCCAUCUCGAAACACUCAUCUUUCUUGAUCCAAUCAACAUCAAGACCUCAAGAUUUCAAGAUCAUGGCCAAGAAGAAACCCAUUGAAGGGGUUAGUGAUCAGAUGAAUGCGAUUGCUUCCCAGAAUCUUGAUCACGCGCCGGCUCGCCGGAGAGUGAGAUUGGCUUUUACACAAGUUCAAGAACAGCUUGAUCAUGUCCUGUUUAAGAUGGCUCCUUCUGGAAUCAGGACCGAGGAGUGGUUUGAAAUGAACUCAAAGGGUCAAGAAAUUUUCUGUAAAAGUUGGUUGCCAAAACCCGGAGUCCGAAUCAAAGCCGCAGUGUGUUUUGUUCAUGGUUAUGGCGACACUUGCACCUUUUUCUUUGAAGGCAUUGCUAAGAGAAUUGCUGCUGCUGGUUAUGGUGUUUAUGCUAUUGAUCAUCCUGGUUUUGGUCUGUCUGAAGGGCUGCACGGCUAUUGUUCCAACUUUAAUGACAUAGUUGACAAUGUUAUUGAACAAUACACAAAAAUCAAAGGAAGACCCGAGGUGAGAGGGAUGCCUCGGUUUCUACUGGCCCAGUCAAUGGGAGGUGCUGUGGCGCUUAAAGUUCAUCUUAAAGAACAACGUGAAUGGGACGGUGUAGCUCUUGUCGCUCCGAUGUGUAAAAUUGCAGAGGAAAUGAAGCCUCCGGAACCACUGCAGAAAGUUCUAAUCUUUUUGUCAAGAAUUAUGCCAAAAGCAAAGCUCGUACCCACGAAAGAUCUCGCUGAGCUGGCUUUUAGGGACCCACAGAAAAGAAAAUUGGCUGAUUAUAAUGUCAUAAGCUACUCUGAUCAGACACGAUUAAAGACUGCUGUUGAACUUCUAAAUAUAACAAACGAACUCGAAUCAGAAGUGGAAAAGGUUUCUGCGCCAUUGUUGAUUCUUCACGGAGCUGCAGACAAGGUAACGGAUCCGAAUAUCAGCAAGUUUCUUUACGAUAAGGCUGCCAGCAAGGACAAAACUUUGAAGCUUUACGAUGGAAGUUACCAUUGCAUUCUUGAAGGGGAAUCGGAUGAGAGGAUACUUGAGGUACUUGGUGACAUUAUUGGGUGGCUUGAUUCUCAUUGCUCUAUUCGAUAGAUGUUUGUAGCAGUUGUUGAGAUUAAAGAAAAUCUGUUCAAGUUUCACCAAAGCGCGAAGCAUUUGACACACUAGAUCGGAUUCUUUAUUCUUUUUGUUACCACAAUCUGGUGAAUUUUGAUGUAACGUGUUACUUGUCUGUCGUUUAAUGUUUAUGUGUAACAUUGUUGUUGUUGUUGUUCUAGUUUGUUUUAAAUUGUUUGUCAAUA